AAUUAUUAACAAUUCAAUUUCAAAGAUCAUGAUUAAAUCUAUCCCAAACCCUAGAGGUGGAAAGUCAAGGAGGGCUAAGAAGAAUGCCAAGAAGGCUCUGUCUAAGCUAUCUCAGAGCCAAAUCCGAGCUUCAAAGCUUGGCUGUGGUCUUAAAAGAAAGCUUAAAACCAAAGAAGCUUCUAACACUGAUUUUAUAAACAGUCUUAAUAUUGCAAGUGGAUUAGACAUUAAAAAUAACACUCACAGGAAGAGAUGGAAGACUCUCAACGAGAGAGAAGUACUCGAAUGCUACUUUGAGCUAGAUCAAGAGUGGAGCAGACCCACAAUUCUUUAUGUCAAAGAGAUGGUCCACUUGAGCGAAAAACAAAUCUACAAAUGGGGUUAUGAAAAGAGAAGAAGGCUCAAUCUGCAUACCCCGCAGGAGAAAGUUAUUGAUAUGAAGUAUGUCACUCAGCAAGACGAUUUAUAUAAGAAAAUCGAUUAUGAUGACCUUAAUAAGGUUGUAUCCAAUCUUUUUCCAGAAGAUGAGAAUGAGGAAGAAACCCUUUCUGAGGAAGCUAAAAUUGUCUAUGAUCAUGUCAGAGAUCAACUCGUUGAGAGAAGUCUUAAAUACGAUAGGCAGUCAGAUUUAGACAAACUGUUAAAUGAUAGGAUUCCCAUUCAAAAUCUGGCCUUAGAGGCAAAGAGGAAUUUAAAUUUUGCCCAAACUAAUUCUUCAGAUAGAAAGAAGAAAGAGGACUGUUGAGUUUCUGAGAAUACUCUGCAAUCAUCGAUUUCUAACCGUGAGAGUAGCAAGGGAGCCUCAUCACUCGACUCCGAGGAGUGGUCAGAAGGCGCAAUAGUCGAAGGUAAAGGAGUCGGGUGUUCAAUCGGUUAUGAUAUAUCCAGUGACUUAGCGUUUGUGAAUCAGAUCGGUACCGAAGAGAACCGAAGAUGAGAUAAUUCUAAGAAGAAAUACGAAGGUACCCAACCUCUGGGCAUCCCUGAAGACACAUCUUACUACCAUGACCUUGAUAGAACUCCGUUGUACGCCAACAACCUCUUCCCUUAUUUUUCGUCAGGAGUGAAAGACACAUUUUCUAGCACUUUCCCUGCUAAUUUCUGAAAUAACUCCUUCGUAUCCUACUCGAAUCCCCUUCAUAAUUUCGGAGAUGAACUAAAGCUUGAGUCUUUGAAUGACCUGAGUGGGCUACUCAGUUGGGCUCCAUAAGACACUUGGAGCUUGUAUAACUAAUUUUCAUAAAGUAAAAUCCAAACGGAAUGCCAUUUCGUCAGGUUUCCUU